AUGGGGGCGGCCCGGUGCCGCCACCGGCACCCGGCGCUGUCCGCGGUUCUGGCCGGGCGCUGUCCGAGGUGCUGGAGCCGGCGGCGGCGGCGGCCCGGGCGGGGCGGCCCCGGGCGGGAGGCGGUGCCGGGCGCUGCGCCGGGGCCGUCCCGUGCUCCGGCUCCGUCGCCGUCACCGCCGCCGUCAGCGGCCCCGGGGCCGCCCCCGCCUCCGCCCCCGCCGCGGCCCGGGGACACGGCGGAGGGGUCGGAGCUCCGGCCCGCCGCUGCACCGGGGUGCCUGCGCGGGGCCAGCGGGGCGGCGGAGCCCCGGGCUGGGAUGAGCGGGAGAGUCGGCGGGUGGAGGCCGGGAGCGGAGCCCCCGCGGCCCCGCCGUAGGCCCGUAGGGGGUCAGAGCCGGCACUGCCGGGCCUCGGGCAGCGCCGUCCCCGCCGGGCUCCGGCCGUGCCCGGUGCCCCCCCCGUGACCCCCGGUGACCCCUCCGGGCAGGGGCGGGGCUCCCCGCCGGCCCCGCCCCGCUUCCCCGGGGCUCAUAGGCGUCACUUCCCGUAUGUCGCGAGACGCUUCCGGCGGGGCCGCCCCGCCCGUUCCGGCGACGGCACUUCCGGGAGCGGGGCCGUCCCGCCGCCAUCUUGGGCGGGCUCCGGGGCUGCGGCGGCGGCGGCGGCGGAGCGGGUCCCUCCAUGGGAAGAUGCAGCGGGCGGGGCCGGAGGAGGCGGCGAGGACGCAGGCGGCGGCGGGGGGACCCGGGCGCAGCGGGGCCGAGGUGGCGGCGGCCCCCGCCGGGCGGCUCCUGAGGCGGGAGCUGCGGCUGCUCGAGUCCAUCUUCCACCGCGGCCACGAGCGGUUCCGCAUCGGCAGCGCCUGCCCGGACGAGAUCAGCUGCGAGUUCGUCCCGGGGGCCGGGGCCCGCGCCGGCGCCUCUGCCUCCCGGGGGCCGCCGCCGGGACCCGUCCGUAUUCACUGCAACAUCACGGAGUCUUAUCCAGCUGUUCCCCCCAUAUGGUCUGUGGAGUCAGACGAUCCCAACCUGGCAGCUAUCCUGGAAAGGCUGGUGGAAGUCAGGAAAGGAAACACCUUGCUUUUGCAGCACCUGAAGCGAAUAAUCUCUGACCUGUGCAAACUCUACAACCUCCCCCAACAUCCAGAUGUUGAAAUGCUGGACCAGCCUCUGCCGGCAGAACAGAGCACCCAGGAAGAGGUGUCCUCUGAAGAGGAAGAUGAAGAAAUGCCAGAGGACACUGAGGACUUGGACCACUAUGAGAUGAAAGAGGAAGAGCCAGCAGAUGGGAGAAAGACAGAGGAUGAAGGCAUUGGCAAAGAAAACCUGGCCAUUUUAGAGAAAAUAAAAAAGAACCAGAGGCAAGAUUACUUAAAUGGUGCAGUGUCUGGGUCUGUGCAGGCCACUGACCGGCUAAUGAAGGAGCUCAGGGAUAUUUACCGAUCACCAAGUUUCAAGGGCGGAUACUAUGCAGUUGAACUAGUGAAUGACAGCCUGUACGAUUGGAACGUCAAACUCCUGAAGGUUGACGAGGACAGCGCUUUGCACAACGAUCUUCAAAUCCUCAAAGAGAAAGAAGGAACAGAUUUCAUCCUCCUCAACUUCUCUUUUAAAGAUAAUUUUCCUUUUGAUCCACCAUUUGUAAGGGUUGUAUCCCCGGUGCUGUCAGGGGGGUAUGUUUUGGGUGGUGGUGCCAUCUGCAUGGAGCUGCUUACAAAACAGGGCUGGAGUAGUGCCUACUCCAUCGAGUCUGUGAUCAUGCAGAUCAGUGCAACGCUGGUGAAAGGGAAGGCACGAGUACAAUUUGGAGCCAACAAGAACCAGUACAGCCUGACAAGAGCACAGCAGUCCUACAAGUCCCUGGUUCAGAUCCAUGAGAAGAAUGGCUGGUAUACACCACCCAAGGAGGAUGGCUAGUGUGGAUGCUGCAGGACCAAUCUGAAUAUCUUCUGGAUGCUCUACUUGGAUCUUAGUGAUGCCUCUUGGCUUUCUCCCAGGAUGUAAUAGCUCUGCCUGUUGCAGGACAAUACUGGCUGUUCAAAACUCUAAAUAACUGUUUAAGGAGUUGGACUGACCCAGAACACUUGCUGGGCCCAUCCUAGCAGGCGUUCUUGUUAAAACAAACUCUUGAGCCUCUUGUAUUGCUGGAAACUUUUGACUCUACUCCAGUCUAGAGCAUCCUCCUUACCUAUGCUAUGGAUUUAAUUUAUUUUCUUAUUUCAUGUACACUGCUUUUUUUUGUUACGGUGUAUGAUGGAUGUGUAUGGAAAAUGUAUCUUUGGAGAAAAAUUACAGUUUGUUAAUUUGAGAAUGCUGGUCUAACUAAUUUUUUUCCAAGCUCCUGCUGGGGUGGGUUGUGCCCUGCAAACCCUGCUGCAGCCCUGGUCCCAGCGUGGGGCAGUCAGUGGAGCUGUGGUGGGCCCAAGCCCUGCAGGAAGACUUGGGAGAAGAAAAGCCCUUUUGUUUUUUGGCAUGGAGGGAGCAGGGUUUCUGCCCCAUCUUCCCUGGGCAAACUCAGCUUUUCUCUCAGACUUCCAGCUCGAAGCACAGAGGGAGAUCUGUGAGGCUGCCCUCUCUGCUGCAGUGGAGGAAGGGUCUGUGGGUGCACCCCAGGGCUGCCAGCUCCCACCCCACACUUCUCCCUGUCCUCUUGCUGAGCAGUAAGAUGAGCUGAGGCCUGAGCUUUGUCCUGUUUCUCCCCACCAGCCACGCAUGGGGGCUGAGCCCUUUGUCCCCAUCCCUGCUGUGCUGUGGCUGCAAGCUUCUCUUCUGCAGGGAGUGGAGCACGGGCACUGCUCUGUCCUGCCACUGCCCCAGCCCUGGCCAGGACCUGGUCCAGCAGUGAACGCCCCGUUCUAUGGGGUUUUCUUUUGCUUUCCUUAAGCUGCUGUUCCUGCUCGCCUUUGUGCUCCAGCCCUCCAUGGAGGGGGUUGCUGCAGUUGUGGCCUGUUUCCUUGAACCCCCAGAGCCCUGUUUUGAGUCAGCUGGAAGGAGAUUUGGCUGUUGGAGCUCCUCUAACUCGGGCCACGUCCUCGUCUGGAGGACAGAAGUGACGCACCAGUGUCAAAGAUGCAUAUUAACUCACUGUGUUUGAAUAAAAGUCAUUAGAAAAUCAAA